AUGAUCUUCCAAAAACAUUCUACUUGCUUUAAGCCUCUCUCUGGAAGGACCCAGCAGCAAUAUUUAGGUUCCUUCACCAUCUAGAGCAAGGUUUCUGAUAGAAACAGAAGAAGCCUUACCAGGAGAACAUCACCGAUCAGGUUACAGUUGUAAACUGUGUCCCUACUCUGAAGGAUGGCAGCCAUCAGCUUCUCCCAAUUCAGACACAGCAGAGCUGGUAGUGGGACCCCUGGCCACCAACCUUAAAGUGAUACUGCAGGAUAAUCGGAAGAUUUUUCUUCUCUGAUGUAUUAGUAACCUAGCACACACCAAGAAGAAACUCCAUCUGUCUGUCUUGACCUGCCUGCACAAGCCAGGAUUUCUGGAUCUGUUUUUGAAGACAAUUUUCCUAUCACCUUUCAUUACAGGGAGAAUCAUAGGUUUCUGUAAAAGACUAAAAUGAAAUCCACAACAGGAUGGAAAUGAUGUCAAAGUGAAAAGUAAAACUAAGGGAUAGAAAAAGGAAAGAGGAGGGUUCUGGGUAUCCCAAAGACUAACAGAAGAUGCCCAUUGUGUGUUGCACAAUGAAAGGUCUUUUUGUUUUUUGUUUUUUUUCUUUUGAAUCCCUUUGUGAUUUUGAGCUGAUUUUGCUAUGUCUAGUGGAAUGAGAACUACUCAUCAGCUAUUGAGGUUCUGAUUCUUAUAGGAAGGAUGCUUGGAUGAAGACUUUAAAAACAGAUGAUUGAAAUGUCUCCCUCUGGGAAUCAGAGGCUACAUAUUGUUUUCAACAAAUUCUCCAAGUUUUCAAGCAUGCUGGAAACCCUUGCUAUCAGAUGAAGCUAAUCCCCGUCUUAUGAUGGAUGGAAAUGGAAUAAAAUCACUGGAUGAAUAGGGUUCCCAGUGCCGAUUCAGACACUGUGAAGAAGCCCUUGGCAGUGACACUGUGUGCUCAUUAUGGAGAGAGAGAAAAUGUUUAGAUCCACUUUGCAGAUUUAGACACAUGGAAAUGCAGCAAAACUGCAGCAUUUCAUGUUUCUGGGAAACCCAACCUCUUGGUUGUGUGAAGAUCAGUUGUAUCUUUUACCACAGCAAACCCCGAAAUAUCAAUGGAUUAUUUUUGCCACCAAGUAGCAACACCACCUUACAGAAAGAAAGUCAGGAAGGAAAUCCACCCCCAAGCCAGAGUCAGGAACCUCUGAAACCCAUGGAGAAUGUAUCACGGCCCAUUCAUAAUCCAUUAGUUUUAAAAACUAACUUUGAAGAAGAGGAGGAGGAAGAAGAGGAACAAAAUGAUUAUUUGGAUUUGGGACAAUUUAAUUUAAAAAAAAUAUAUCCUAUAGAUGCUUCUAGUUUAUGGACAAAGACACCCGAAGAGAUUGAAGAGAAAAGAGCAAUAAAGGAGAUGUGUUACAAAUCUGGUGAAUACUAUAGAUUCCAUGCUCCUCCAGACGCUUCGUCAUCAAAAAGCGUAGCUCCUACAGUGGAAAAGGAGUUAGAAAAGCCUUUGGAAAAUGGCAGUGAAUUGCAAGAAGGGGAUGGUCUUACAGUUCCAACAAAGUUUAGCCUUUUUGAAAGGCCAGGUGAGGCAAAGACAUCAUUGGAUAGGAAACCAAGGACUGACAUUGCUGCUUUUGAAAACGGAGGAGGUGACUGCUAUGCUCCGCAAAGGAUCAUAUUUCUUGGAGUGGAUGAAAGUGAAGCAUUAGCUGAAGUAAAAGAAAUCACCUCAAAAUGUUCAAAUGUCAAAGAAGAAAGCAAGGACAGUCUACAUCCAAAGCGCCCCCUAACUACUCGCCUAGUCCCUGCAACACACGUAUUAAAUGCUACUGAGAACAUCAGCGUCAAGUGCAGAGAGAACCCCUCCUCAAUGAAUGAUGUCCAGCCAGUGAGGAAGCCUCAUUUUAAAGGUGUGAAGAAAAGAAAAUGGAUUUAUGAUGAACCAAAGAACUUUCCUGGCUCUGGAAUGCGGAGAGGACACACCCCAAAUCCCAAACAUAAAAUGAGUUACCAUCACCAUAAUAAGAACCGAAAUGCUGAGAACGCCUCCUAUAUGCAUGUCCAAAGAGAUUCAGUAAGGACUGUCACACUGAACACCCCUCCCAGAAGCAGGCCCACAAGUGGGUCCUACAACAAAGAUGAUGUCAACAAGGAACCCAAACUCAACCUCUGUCCAGAUAAGCAUAUGUCCACAUCAUAUAAUGGUUCAGCUUGGCGAAGAAGAAUUCCUUUUUCAAAAACAUAUUCAAAAACGGAAAAGAUAUAUCCAGAGCCACGAAGAAAUGGGAGUAAGUAAACUUGGAGGUUGAGAGACGAGAAAAAUGAGAAAAGAGAAAAGUGCCAGCCAUCACCCGAUUUACAAUCAAAAAUGAAAAUUCAAAGAAUGCGAUAUUCAAGUACUCCAUAGUAUAUAGUGGAUAGCCAACGAUGAUAAAAUGCAAUUCUGAAAUAAGAUGCAGGAAGAACAUUGUGCUCUUUCAAAACUGAUAAAAUGCCAAUUGCAAACAGCUGCCUGUUUAUUGAUGUAUGUCUGGGAUUCAUUCAAUACAUUACCACAAACACUUAAUAAAAUUUCAA